AAAAUAUGCGUUUGGGACGGCUGUUAACCUACGGAGUAUGAACACUUGUGCUAAGUUUGGCUGUCAAAAGUUUAUGAAGGUCAAAAUAUGUAUUUUAUGCAUCCCUCCCGGUAGGAGCCAGCCAGUCAGAAGGCUUCCACACAGCUACCAGAGGCUAGCCAUUGGAGACGCUUCAUGCUGAGCAGCAAAAUGGCCGCCCGUCAACCGACUGACUCCACAGCGCUUUGAAAUUUAAAUUCUUCUGCACAUUAGGGUUUACACUAUUACAACGUUAGUACUUAUUUACAAACCAGUAGCUUAUUACGCGCGCAUCUUCAUCCACUGACACUUACUUGACUAUCCGCUCAGGCGCCGCUGUUCUUGUAGCCUCGACGAAUGCCUCAAAAAGCUAAAAAAAAUCGCACUGAAGCACUUUAGCUAAGCUAGCUAGCACGCUAGCUUUUCUUCAUAUGUGAUUCCUGAGAAGAAAAGAGUAUCAGGACAGGAGCAGUAGUUCAUGGAAGACAAGAAAAGGAAAAAAGACGACAAAAGGAAAAGGGAAGCCUCUCAGAAGGUUACAGAACAAAAAAACAAAGUGCCAGACUUGACUAAGCCGGUGUCUGCCCAGUCUCCUGCCACUCAGAGCAGCUCUGCCUCCCCCAGCCCUGGACCCACCCCCUCUGCCUCCCCAUCUCCAGCCGCCUUGGGCCCUGGCAGUGCUGCCACCCCGUCACAGGGCGGCAACAAUGCCAAGCGCCUGGCGGUGGCCAACGGACAGCCCACCUCCACCGCCAUUUCUUCCUCCACUGCUGGCGGACCCAGUGCUGCUGGAAACGGCAGUACAAGUAGCGGUGGCGGAGCCCAGGCCCCUCAGCAGCAACCACGCUACAUGCCGAGAGAAGUGCCGCCGCGAUUUCGCUGCCAGCAGGACCAUAAAGUGCUACUGAAGAGGGGUCAGCCGCCACUGUCCUCCAUGCUGCUGGGAGGGGGAGGAGGAGGGGAUGGCCCCAAUGCAAACAUGGCUGCUGUCUCAGAUUCUGGUGCAGCUGCCUCCUCAUUGGCCCUCACCUCAUCAUCAGUUGCUGCUUCUACUACUACUUCUAAUUAUGCAAAUUCCAUGUGGGGGGUGAGCUCAGGCAGCCAGGCCUCCUCUCAGGGCAGGGAGAAGGUGAUUGUCGAUGGCAACGACCUGGAGGAGUGGCCUAGCAUAGCUGGCAGUGAUGGCGUAGGAGCUUCUUUCAUCGGGGCUGGAGGGGGCAGCAGCAGCAGCAGCAGCAGCAGCAGCAACAACAACGUAAUUCCUGUGAACAGCAUCAGUGCCUCUGGCAACCAAUCCUCACCCACUUCCUCAUUCUCUUUGCCCAAUGAAUGUAUGCAGUCGUCCAACGGUGUGGCGUGGGGGAUGGCUGCCUCCCAGGGUCAUCUUGGAGGAGGGAAUGCAGUAGCUGCUGCUGGGGCUCUGCUACAACAGCCCUCCUCACUUUCCAAAGCCUCCGCUGUGCCAGGGAGCCAUGAUGCCAGUGGCCCUGUCGACGGCAGCAGUGGGAUUCCAGGUGCCAACUUCAAUCCAAAUGCCAACCCUUCGGCCUGGCCUGCCCUGGUGCAGCAGGAUGGGCCCACUGCUGCAGGUGAAGGAGGUCCAUCUUCUUUCCAUCACCAGGCCCCUGGAGGGUCUUUGUCUGCCAACAACUCUGCUUCCCUGGGGCUGGGAGGCGGGGUGCUGGGGGGUCACCCACCUUUAUCUGUGAAUCAAUCAAGCACCCAUCAGCGCCAACUUCACCAAAUGCAAUCCAGAGACAGAGAGAUGGGAGGGGGGAAGUGGGACAGCGAAUCAGCGGGACCAAAAAUCGCAGGGGGGGAAGGCAUUGGGGGAGGAAUGGACCGUGGUGUGGGAGGAGGCGAGAUGAGUGUGGGAGACCACAGCCUUGCCUCCUCAUGGAGAGGCCAGCCUUCUUACCCUGCAGCUAACUCCAAAACGGGUGCCUCAAGGACUGAUGGAUGGGAGGGCGGAGGAGGUGGCACAGGGGGAUUUGGCGCUGCUGAAGGGGAUAAUGGGACCUCGGGUUGGGGAUAUCCGAGUUCCACUAGUGGGGUUAAUGCUUGGGGCAGUGCUGGAAAUGGGGGAAACAGUAGUCAAACCUCCGGGGUAUCUCAGGGAGGGUGGGGGACAUCAGGGGUAGGAGGAGAGAGAGGGGUUUCUGGUGGUGAUUGGGGUGGAAGUGCCACUGGUAUUGGUGGAGCUAAUUCAGGAGGUGAGGGAACGGGUGAAGCCUGCAGCAGUAACAGCAGCAGUAGUGGGGGCAGCACAGCUGGCAACCCCCCUGCCACCACCUCCUCUUCCUCAACAGCCACCACUAUGACUAGAGCUUGGGACAAUCAGAAGGGAGAGGGUGAAACGGGGGAAUGGGGUGGGGCAGUAGAAGGACCGGGACCACAGGGAGGAUCUUCAUCCAGUGGUGGAAAUUCCAGAAGCGGAAGCGGGCCUAACAGCAGUCACAGUCGUCCUCGCCGCACGGCACCUAGUGCAGAAGAUGCCUUACAGAACCUGCUCAGCCGGUCUGAUCUGGAUCCUCGGGUCCUGUCUAACACAGGCUGGGGCCAGACACAGAUCCGACAAAACACGUCCUGGGACUUUGAAGAACACGGAGGACAGAGUAAAGGUGGAUUGUCAUCAGCUACAUCAAAACACCCCUCUUCUCUUGGUGGUUCUUCUCAGUAUUCUGCUGGACCCAGGACCCAAACUGAUUCUAUGGGUCCAGGAGUCAAUUCUUCCCUUGUUCCAUCUGCUGGGUCCUCCGGAGAGGGCUGGGAGAGCAGCAGCAACAGUAGCAGUAGUGGGGCCUCUCUGUCUGGGAGAGCCCCACCACCUUCACGCCCCAACAUGAGGAAUCUUGGCGUUUCACAAUCUGGGCCAGUGACCACAACAGGACUUGGGAUGGGGUCAGGGGUAAUACAAGGACAUAGCCAGCAAGGGAAGGCUACAGGCUGGGGUGGAGGAGGUGUGGGGGCUGGCGAUGGCCAGGAGUCCAAGGGUUGGGGGAAUGAGGAAUGGAGAGACAGUAAUAGAGGAGGAAAUGGAGGCGGAUGGGGUGAUCCUGGGCAACAGGGUGACCCAGUGAGUGGAGGCUGGGGAGGAAGUCAGGAGGAGAAAGGGUCCGGAGGAUGGAAAGAAAUGGGAGGGAGUAGAGGAGGAGGAAGUGGGUGGGGAUCAGGACAGAAGGCUGGGUCAGGGAGGGACUGGGGAGAGCAACAGUCCAAAUCAAAUAGUGGAGGAGGGGGAUGGGAGGAUGAGAGGAAUAACGGAGGAAACUCGGGUGGGGAUUCAGGUGUGGUUAGUUGGGGGAGUUGGGAAGAUGGUGCUCCCCGGGGAACCUGGGGAGCAGGGGGCACAGGGGGAGGAGGGACUGGAGGGGGGGUGGGUGUUGUUGGGGGCAUGGGUUCCAAACCCCAUCAAAAUUGGAGUGGAGGAAACAAAAUGCACCAGAUGCCAAACAGCCAAUCGGGCUCCAUCACAGGCCCCCAGGCACAACUGCAACAGCAACAAUCACAGCCCCGCAAUCAGCAUCCACAACGACAGCAAGCGUUGGACCAAGGGGCUAUGCAAGGGGAAGGGGGGAGGAAACCUCUUUCUCAAGCCCAGAAUCAGAACCAAAGCUCAGGCUGGACCUCAGGGCCCAUCCCUGGUGGUUCCGGAGGAGGUGCGAGUGGAUCUGAACCAAGCGGCUGGGAGGAACCCUCGCCGCAGUCUAUAAGCAGGAAGAACGAGAUAGACGAUGGAACAUCAGCAUGGGGAGACCCAACCCAUUACAGCUACAAGCCGGUCAACCUGUGGGAUAAGAACAACGCACAGCCGCAUGGCCAGGCUCAGGCUCAGGCUCAGGCUCAGGCUCAGGCUCAGGCUCAGGCUCAGCAGCAGCAACAACAACAACAACAACAACAGCAGCAGGGACCUCCAGUGCAGCAGCAGCCUAGCAGACAGGCUGCAGGGCUCGGAGGUAACAGGGACUUCAACUCUGGCCUUGCACCUGGAAAAACUUCAGCUAUGGGUCCGUCAGGUUGGGGUGGUACUUCUCCAACUAGUCCUCCAGUAGACAAGGGCACGGCAGCUUGGGGAAAGCCCACUGAAACCCCUACUGGCUGGGGAGACCCUGACGAUGCUGGAGGGAAGACAACUGGCUGGGGAAACCCUUCCCCCAACCCUGUCAAAUCUGGUUCAAAGUCUAUGCAAGAUGGCUGGGCCGACAAAGAGGGCUCUGUAGCUGCCUCACGUCACUCAAGCUGGGAGGAUGAGGAAGAGGGAGGUGGCAUGUGGAACAGCACCGGCUCCCAGGGAAGCAGCUCGUCUUGGGGACAGGGAAGCAACGGGGGCUGGGGACAGGGCCACGCUGGGAAGAAGCCCAGCAGCAAGGGUCCACUGAAAGCUGGCGGAGGAGACUCGUGGAUGAGCCCCAUCAACAGACAGUUCUCUAACAUGGGGCUGCUGAAUGAUGAUCCAAGUGGCCCAAACAUGGACCUGGCCCCAGGGUCUCUCCAGGAAAAGAAGAUGGAUGCAGAGAAAAGGAGCAUGGGGAUGAAUGAUUACAAUGGAGAUAUGAGAAAGGGAGUAAGAGGAGGAGGGGGGAUGGCAUAUCGCCCACCUGGUUCCAAAGAGGCAGCACCUGGGGAUGCUGGAUCCUACUAUGACAAGGGCGGUCACAGUAUCUUUGGCAGUGCUGGAGGGAUGGCUCAGUCAAGACACCAGCCAAGUGUCCCGCCCAUAAACCAGUCCCCAGGGAUACGAGCGCAAGUGCCUCAUCAGUUCCUGUCACCACCACAGGUGCCAGGCUCUGUGCUGAAGCAGAUGCCCCCUCCCAGUGGCAGUGUGGGGGGCGUUGGCGGCAUGGGAGGAGUAGCAGGAUUGGGGGGAGGUGUAUUCCCUCCGCAGCUGUCCCCCCAACAGAUUGCCAUGCUCAGCAGCAUCUACCCGCCGCACAUCCAGUUUCAGCUGGCGUGUCAGCUCCUCCUCCAGCAGCAGCAGCAGCCGCAACAACAGCAACAGCAGCUACUGCAAAACCAGAGGAAGUUCACACCCAACGUGCGGCAGCAGGCUGACCCUCAACAGCUGGCCAGGAUCAUGGCGGUGCUCCAGCAGCAGAGGCAGCAGCAGCAGCAAGUCGGGGGUUUAGGAGGUAGCUCCAAACUCUCCCCCUCCCACCAUGGUGGUGUUGGUGGAGGGGGUCCCAAACUGCCCGGGGCUGAUCCUAUGUCCCAUCCCGGCCUGGCGGCAACUGUGGCUGACCUGCAUCAGAAAACUCUCGGACCGUACUCUGGGUUUAGCUCUGGUGUGAACCUCCCAGGUCUGGACCUGGGCGGCUCUGUGGUAGGGCCUGGGAGCAUGAAGGACUUAGGGGGUCAGCAGUCCCGCUUCAAAUGGAUGAUGGAGGGACAUUCUUCUCCAGACACCUCCUCACCUGAGAACGCAUUCCACAAAAAUGGUCCUGUUACCCCCAUGAAGAUGCCAGGGGUCUCGCCCUACUCUCAGUACGACAUGAUGGUCGGAGACGGGCUGAGUGACAACUGGCAUCGCACACCUGGCAACAAGAUGGGUACCAAGCCUACCACUACACCCAGCUGGCCCCCUGAGUUCCAGCCUGGUGUGCCCUGGAAGGGAAUCGACCGUGUCGACCCUGAAUCUGACCCCUACAUGACUCCAGGGAGCAUGAUGGGAAACGCAGUGUCCCCCAACCUCAAUGAUACUGAGCACCAGUUGUUACAAGACAAUACUGAUUCCACCCCUCCCCUCAACACCUUGCUGCCUUCACCUGGUGCCUGGCCCUACAGUGCCUCAGACAGUCCCCUCAACAAUGCACACAACUCAGCAAAGUACACAGACUACAAGACAAGCUGGCCCCCAGAACCCAUUGGACACAAGUCCUGGAAAACCAGCCGUGGCAGCAGCCAGACCCAACUGUCCCGCCCACCUCCAGGACUAGCCAGUCAAAAGCAGCCAUCAUCAUCAUCCCCUUGGUCUGGAGGAGCCCCUCGGUCGGCUGGCCGGGGCUGGGGCGGCGGCUCGGCCACCACUGGCUCGACCUGGAGUGAUGGCAGCUCUCGGGAAAGCUGCUGGUUGGUGCUCAGCAACCUCACACCACAGAUUGAUGGCUCCACUCUAAGGACCAUCUGCAUGCAGCACGGCCCCCUGCUGACCUUUCACCUGGGCCUGACCCAGGGCACAGCUCUGAUUCGCUACUGCUCCAAACAGGAGGCAGCCAAGGCCCAGAGCGCACUCCAUAUGUGUGUUCUGGGUAACACCACCAUCUUGGCGGAGUUUGUGAGCGAGGAGGAUGUGGCUCGCUACAUUGCACAUUCCCAGGCAGGAGGAGCAGGGAGUGGAGGAACCACUGCUGGCUCUGCAGGCUCUGGACCUACAUCAGCCUCCGUUGUGGGGGCUAACGGUAGCGGAGGUAGCUGCGAGAGAGGUGUAGUAGGAGGCAACAGCGGGGGAGGAGGAGUAGAAGGAGGUUCCACAGCUGUAGGAGCAGGAAAUGGAGGAGGCGGGCAUUCCAGCUCAGGGUGGCAGAGUCUGGACAGCACAGGCAGCUCAUCGGACCAGUCUGCCACCCAAGGGCCCGGGCUGGGCAUCUUUGCUCAGUGGAGCAGCAACGGGACUGGGGUGGGUGGGACUGGAGGUAUGGAGACUGGAAGGCAGGGUCUGUGGGGUGGUAUGAGUGGGAUGAGCGGUGCGGGGUACCCCAGCAGUAGCCUCUGGGGUUCCCCAGCACUUGAGGAUCGUCAUCAAAUGGGCAGUCCAGCCUCACUGCUGCCAGGGGACCUGCUGGGCGGGGGGGGUGACUCCAUCUGAGGGGCCGACUGACACACAUUUUACACCCAAGUUGUAAUACAUAUGUCACACUCUGUAUUUAUUUACAUGUAGAGAUGACAUGAAUUAAAGCUACACUGGUCACCCAACACGCAAAUACUCAACAUUCAUACUACACACAGGCUACGUGCAGUACAUUCAAACAUACACAUUAAGCCGCUUAACUUUAAAUGAAGACAACAGCAAAACUUGAACCGGGGGAAAAAGGUGAAAUCCAUUAAACUUUUAGGACUCAACUGGAUAGCUCUUUGUCUUUUUACUCCAAAUCCCACCAUCUGCAUUCAGAGACCCGAUCACUCAGGCAUGCACUGUAGACAGGCUCAGCCAGAGUCGUACGUGUCAACAAGUUUAGCUAUUGCUGUUUUUAGUGUGCAACAAGUUUUUUUUCUUUUGUAUUACUAUUUAAUGGCCGAAUCUCAAAAUUCAGACUUGCAGACUGAGCCCUCGUAGACCUGGCUGGCGUACUUCUGCGUUCUCAUGUUUGGAAGCUUGAGAGUGGGGAAGGAUCUGGAGUUUGUAGAAAAUUUUGGACAACGCCACACUACUGAGUCAAAUGGACGAUCAGCGACCUUUGAGAUCUGGAAAAGAAGAGCGUUUUUAGUAGGUACCGACACCUCUACCUUGGUGGAAAUAUGCCAUCAACAUGGGACCCAGGGUAAAAAAAAUAAAAAAUCUAAACAAAAACAACAUUAGCCAAACUUGCACUAUAUGCCUCUGGGUUUGUUGUUGACACAUCCUCCACAAAUCCCUCCAUUUUUUUGAAACAGAGCUACAACACAACAACUACACAGACCUUACAGGACAACUAAAUGUUACAAACAGCAGUGGCCUUGGCGAACACCCAGCGGCCGCCCGCCUGCCAUGUCAGCAGCAUCACACCUUCUCAUCAGUUACACACUGCUCUUAUAUUUGACAAGCAAAAUUGUAACUCCUUGUUGAUGUAUGUCGGUUGUUUAUCUUUCUUUCUUCUGUUUUAAAAGAAAAGACAAGCGUGUGAAACUUUGUGGAAAACCAGAGAUGUCCUCCUUUUUUUUUCUUUGCCCUUCAAACACUGACCUCGCUAUUGUAUUUUUACUUACUCGAGAAAUCAAGUUGGUUAUUCUAUAUUGUCAUGAUGUUAAUGAUGACUACGAUCACUUAUUUACUCGCUGUACAAGGUGCCCUCCUGCCUGUGUGUGCAUGAAAGGAGCGAUGACAGUAUGACCGAAUGGAGGAGGAUGUGAUGAAGAUAAUGAUAUCGGGAGUGUCUGUGUUAUUGCUACUAUGUUGAAUGUUUCUUUCUUUCCUGUCCAUGAGAGAUUCAUGAGAAAUGUUUGUUUGUGUGUGUGCGCUUGCUUUUGAACACUUAUCUGCUCCAGUCAGGGAAGUGAAUAGAUGUUAAUCUGACAGCUUGCAUUUGAUAGAAGGGUGGGGGUGUGUGUGUGUGUGUGUGUGUGUGUGUGUGUGUGUGAGAGAGUGAGAAUGUGUUGACAUGUUUGUGCUUGACUGCCUGGAUAUUGUGAUAGCUGAGAAGUUCAAAAACAUUGGCACUAUUGCAUAUGUCUUGUAAGUUGUGUUUUUUAGCAGCAUUUUGUUCCUGUUUGUAUUUUUCUUUCUUUCUGCCAAAUGCAAUAAGAGAAUAUUUUGUUUUUAAGACGAAGCAACCAACUGAAGGCAUUUCUAUUACGAUGCCAAAUCCUACCAUACCAAGCUGAGCUGGAACAGUGUUUUACAGACACGUUAAAGACAUUAUCUGUUAUGUUUUACUGUUUGUUUUUUGUUAUUAUGUAUCAAUUUAAAUUAAGUCAGUCUUUAUUAUCACUCCUGUUCAGGAUGUUUUCAUUUAUUUCAGAUGUUACAAAAAGGAGAGGAAAUUAAUUUAAAGCAGAAAAGAACAAGAUAAUAAAGGUUGAAUUGAA